UGUGGUCAGUGGUUGUGGUGUCAAAAAUAUGGCUUGGGAAAUGGGAUUUGUGAAGGAUUUGUGUUUUGCUUUUUGUGAGAAUGUAUCUUUAAUAUGUAAUAUUUUUUAAGUAAAUAAGGUCUAUUGCACGGAAACUUUUGUAUUCUAAAUUUUUAGAAUGAAAUGAAGUAAAUAAAUAACCUUUAAGUUAAAAAACAGUCUUCCUUCAGUGUUGAAUGCUAAGUGUGAAUGUUAGACGCCAAGUAUUCAAUGGUUCUCGAAAUAUAACAAAUAAUAACAAUAUUUUCAUAAUGACAACAGAGCAGAAAUUUGAUUGUGUGUUUUGCAAAGAGACCUUUGAUGAUAAGGAGACGUUACAAAUACACUUCAGAAAACAUGGUGACCCAAAGUUUGACUUGAGCACAAAGGUAGUUAAAAAUCGAACUCAAAAUGAAAGUACCAUUGUGCCAGCAGAGAAGGCCGGUGAAGAAAUAGAAAUGGUUGGCUGUGACGUCUGCGAGGAGGUGUUCCCUACAAUAUCAAAAGCUAUAACUCACAAGCACAAGGCGCAUCCAAAGCAUGAUGCUAAAUAUUUCUGCCCAUUUUGUGGAAAGCUCUUUACUAUGAAGCAUCUACUCAAUAAGCACAUACAGUCAAAUCAUAAUGCAGAAGAGGUAUCAGUCUCAAAAGACUUUCACUGUGACAUGUGUGACGUCACAUUCAACGUGGCAUCUGCCAUGCUAUACCACAACAAGUUCUUUCAUCGGCAAGACACAGAAAUACCUGCUAUUGGAAUAUCGAAAAAAGUGAAGCUAUUUAGCCAGGAAAUGCUACAAAUUUACUAUUGUUCAUUUUGUGGAGAGGAAUUCAACAACAAAGUCAAUUUGCAUAAACACAUAGGUGAUGACCAUUGUGAUGAAAAUCAUAGACCGAGUGAAGUGUUAAGGUGUCCCCUAUGUGAGGCAAUAUUCUUCCAUCUUGACGCGUAUGAAAUACAUCUUACGUUCCAUUCAUCUGAAGACAUUUACAGUGAGAAAAAUGAAUUAGUCAGCCAGAUCACGGAGUUUUCGCUUGAAACAGUUGCACCUAUAAUGGAAAGUGUAGAGGAAGAAGAUCUCGCCACACAGCCAGAAGAAGAUGAUAACAAUUCAGAUGUAGUUAGCAACUUUCUGCAAUUGGUUAUGGGUGAUCAGGGUGACAAUGUUUCUAUGGAAAAGGUAAAACAUAAGAAACACAAGAAACAUAAAAAAUCAAAAAAGGCUUCAAUCACCCUCGAUGAAUUCUUGAAUAUGAAUAAAGAUGUCUUUGGAGACGGUCUCGGCGAUGUGCAAGGCAUAGAAGAAGUACCCACUCAGGUUGUCUUGAAAAAAGUUAAAGGUAAAGCACAAAUCAGGAAUGAAUCUAAAAUGGUGAAUGCAGAUUUAGCCAAGUUAAAAAAACAAGGAAUCGUUAUUAAAGCAAAACCAAAAUUCAAUAGUCAUGUAGCCAACCAGCACACCUCUAAAGCUAAACAACUGAUCAGCGGCAAUGUAAAAAAUAACACGAAUAUCUUACAAAAAUCUCCUAAUGACAUUAUAUCUAAAUUGUUAAACCAAGGCAAUAGCCAGAUAAAAAUUAUUAAGAAGUCUACUUCACAAAACGUCGGUAAUGAACAUGAAGGCGAAGAAACGGUCGUAUCGGAUGCUAUUGACAAUUCCGGUGAACAAGAUGAUAUUUCAGACAAGAUGGAAAAUAAAAAGGACUCUGAUGGAAAAUCAAAUAUACAAGAAACGCCAUCUGUUAGUAGCACGCUUAAUGUGUAUUCUAAAUUAUCUGAUAAUGUUAAUGAAAUAAGAAACAAUCCUGGUGAAGAAAUAUCUAGGAGUCCUGAUUUUAACGGAAAAGACACAUCAGACAAGCUGUAUGCAUCGGAAUCUAGUAAAACAAGUGACCCUGACGAAGAAAGCACUUUGGUAUUAGAGAAAAAAACAAACAUAUAUGAUGACAGAUUCGCGAAUCCUGUUCGAGAAAGUCUUGACGUGAAGCCGUCAGAUGAAACUAAACCUAAUUUCUCAGAAAAUCAUUUUGAAAAGAAAGAAAAUGAUGACACUAACCUUAAUAAUGAAAUUUGUGAUAAUAGUGACAAGGAAACUGCAACAAAUAAUGCCAAUAAAGCUAUAAGUGUGUUAAAGCAUUUGAGCCACCUCAUCACAGUAAAACCAUUAGCUAAUCAGAAUAAAUCCAAUAUCAAUGAAGAAAUUAAAUCGAAAGGUUACAACUCCGAAGCUCAUGAUGAGUACAGUUCAUCAAAAAAUAUAAGUUCAGAUCAAAAGAUCCCUUUGAAGUCUUUUGGUCAGAUAACUUUGAAAACAACAACACCGUCACUAUCGGUUACAUCGCCUGUUAUACCACCUGACCCUGAAAGUGACGCGGAAUUCCCCGAUGAUAUAGAAAAUAAUGAUAAUUUGAAACUUGAAAAGAAAAACAUAAUUGAAAUGAAAGAGUUACAGGUAAAAUUAGUACCACUGUCUCAAUCGUUAUGCGAUGCAUAUUUAUCAAAAAAUAAUUAUGCAGAAGAAUCAAACGAUUUCAUUGCAAAGCAAAGCUCAACAACGAAAGAAGAUAAAGAAAAAAAUGUUGAAAGUCCAAAGAAAACAUGUAAUUUGGAUAUUUUAAAACGGCUUUCGAAUGUUACCGCAAAACCCGUAAAUAUCACUAAAGCUGUGAAUCAGCAAGUCAUUGUAAAACCGCAUCGACCUUUUAUCCCUCAGGUUAAAUCUCUACAGUCAAAACUAAUUAGCAAAGGCAUCGACGAGGAAAUAGAAGUAUUUAAUAUUGACGAUUCUGAUGAAGAGACAGAAGAAAAUACUAAUAAAAAUAUCUCUGAAGCAAAACCGAGUGGUGUUCCCACAGAUGUUAUAAAAAAUUUGUCCAGGAAUAUUACAGUUAAAUCUAGUGAAACUAAAACCAUUCCAAAUAAAAAUAUUAAAAUUCAAACAAAAACAAUGCGAGCAGAUUCUUAUAGUGAAAGUUACACACAAAUCAAACAGUCGAAAGAAAUUCAGAAAAGUAUAAAUUUACAAAACAAGUUAAAAACCUUAGGUCAUAUAACUGUUAAACCUAAUAAUUCUGCACCAAAACUGUUCAACGAGGAUUUUGAUGACUAUGAAGACGACCAGGCUGACAGUGGUUCAGAUAGCGAAAAUAUAGGUAGAGUGAAAAUUUCAGAAAUAAACGAUGAUUAUAUGAGUGACAGUGACUUAAAUGAUGUCCAGCCGAAUGCUGUAGUCCAAUCCCCAAAUCCGUCGAAUAGUGAAAACGAGGAUAACCAUGACGACUUUAAUGACGAUUUAUCAGAUUUUGAAAGCCACAUUAAAAUGAACACACUGAAGAAAAAUGAAAUACCAGUAUUGAAAAAACCCAUGCCUAAUUUAGAUAAUUUAAAAAAUUUAAACAAAGCACUUACAAUUAAAUCGCUAAAUGCAAAGAAUGCAGAACAAGUAUCAAAUCCUGCGUCAAAUAAAGAAUUGUCCGAAGACACGAAUAAGCCGCCACAUGAAAUGGCUUUAAAGCUGUACAAACCAAACAUAUCACAAAACGAACAGCCUUUAAGUAAUAACAUACACCAGGCUAGUGGAUCUUCACAUCAAACUGCAUUAAAUCAAAAAGUUAACGCUGCGUCCAACCAAGUGAAUACCCUGAAAACGGUCAAUACCGUUAAAAGGUUCCAAUCCCAAACUGUCAUUGAAGAAAUCACAACAACUGUAACAAAAACGAUACGAACAGUCAAUUCAUCUACAAACGAAGUAAUGCAAUCGACGAGUCAAAAUAAACCCAAGCCUAUAAAUAGACCGCAGAAAAUAAUAAACAAACAACCCGGCAGAGAAUUACAGGGCACACCAGUCAGACACAUUUCACCGACUAUCGGAACAAAGAUAAGAAAUGCCGUGCCAGUUGCGAGGGCGCCCAACGCAACCAUCGUGAGGCCGUCUAAUCAGCUUGUACCCGUCCGGCCGCCGGUGUUCAGCCGACCGAGAUGCCCCACACCCGGCACAUCAGCGGUGAGAAAGGUCGUUCCGCCUAGAUGUAGCCCCCAAAAACCUGCGAUAGGAAAAUUAAAAAUUUCCCCACAUGCGUUAAACCAGACCACUAAAAGACCUUCCGAUGAAGGGUUUGCACAUUUCGCUUGCUUUAAGAAGCCGAAAGAUUCAUUUAUCGGCCCGCAAGACUUGCCAGACUGUAGCGACGACGAGUCAGCGAUGCAGUACUCGUCGACUCAGAGCCGCUCCGAGUUCUCGACCGUAACAAAAAAAGCCAAAGGAAUGGUUACAGCUACGCAGACGAAGUCGGAGGUCAGCACCAGUUGUCAGCAACAGGUCAGGAAAGGUAUGGGCACAGCGACCCAGAUGAGAUCUGAAGUUUGUAUGAGCUCUCACCAGCAACUGAGCAAAUUGAACAGUAUGUCUGGGCUCAAAGUGGUGAAAACAAGUUCCAAGCAAGCCACGCAAGUUGAAGAAAAGUGUGAACUUAGUCCAGGGAAACGAAACACCUUAGAAGCUAUCGAAAAAUUGCAAAGACAAGGACUAUUAGUGAAAAAACCGCGAAUAGAAGAAGAUCAAGGCAAUUCUUUUAGUGAAAGUGACGAUGAGUUUGGUGAAAAAUGAUUGUCACUUUCAUUAAAACAAUUGUCUUGAUAGUUU